AUGAAAAAUGUAAAUAAAUAUAGAUUAAAUUGCAAAUUAUUGAUAGAAUCAAGACGAUAGAAAGUAUUGACUCCUCAAAAAAUGAAUUGUACUAUAGAUGAUAUAAUGAAUUAAUUUAAUUUUAUUGAGUCUAGUAAGACAUAAGCAAUGAUUUUAUAAUAAAAUCUAAAUAAGACAUAAUAGAUAAAAUUUAUGGAAUAAGAAGAAAGAUCAACAGUUAAUAGCAAUAUAACAAAAAUGAAUUAUUUUAAGUCAAAGUAAGAAAGAUUUCCAUAAAUGAUGAAAAGAAUGGGUAUGGAGUUUCCUCCUUUAAUAAUAAAAGCUAAGUAAUUAAAUGAGAAAUAAAUUCGUAAACCAGAGUAAUAUACUUAGAGAAGGAGAUUUGUGACAACAUAAGAGAAAUAUGAAGAAAAUAAUACAAAUAAUUACAUACAAUUAAUAAGUGAGACAAGAUGUGUUUCAAAUAAUAGAUAAUAAUAAAAUAAGAGGUUAUAAACAUUUUGUAGUUGGUCUAGAAAAAGUUCAGAUAAUCUUUCUUUAAAAAAACAUUUAUUUUGA